UAUACUCAAAGGGGCGGAGCUUGGUUCCAGAGAGUUACCUCGGCGAGGAGGUUCUGUGGCGUUUGUUAAGGGAAGUGUCAAACGUAUUUAAACCUCGUUUUAAUCUCUACCAAACCCUUCAGAUUUGCACGAUGAACAGCAUUAUGAGAACGGCAUCACGGUGUCUUCGAUCGGGCGCGUACAGAACAGCGCAGACUAACGGAGAGCUGCUGUCUGGUUGGGCUCGCCUCAUGUGCUCCUCUUCAGCGGGCCAGAAGACCCUGGAGGAGUUGGUGAAGAAGGACAGAGUGGUGAUCUUCAUGAAAGGUACCCCUGCACAGCCCAUGUGUGGCUUCAGCAACGCCGUCGUCCAGAUCCUGAGAAUGCACGGGGUCGACAGCUAUGCUGCUUAUAAUGUGCUGGAAGAUCAGGAUAUCAGACAAGGAAUAAAGACUUUGUCCAACUGGCCGACGAUUCCACAGGUGUUCUUCAAUGGUGAGUUUGUUGGCGGCUGCGAUAUUCUUCUUCAGAUGCAUCAGAGUGGAGAUCUGGUAGAGGAACUUCAGAAGCUGGGAAUCAGAUCAGCUCUCCUGGAUCAAGAAAAAUAGUCCAAGUAGGAGUCUAGUCAGCAAAGACGAGUCUUUGGGAUGAUUGUUCAUUGACGGAAAGCUACCAAAGGUUUGACUUGUGAAUGGAGACUUGACCUGCUGAAACUGUCCUCAGAUUACUGAAGAAAGUGAUGUCAAACCUCACAAAUUCUGAAAAAUCACUGUAAAACACUUGACAUAAAUUGCUGUAUUACACACAAUGAUUGUAUUUUCUAUUGCAGUAUGUUUCUUUAUUUCAGAUACUCUAAUGUUAGACCACUGCAUAUUUAAAAUGUUGUAUUUUCAAAUAUAGUAUUAAAUGUAUUUUAGAUGUACAUCAUUUUUGUCAGUAAAAUAUUUUAAAGCACCCAUUGUUUGAAACUAAAUCUGCUGGGUGUGUCACAAGAUUAUGAACAAUGUGUAUCUGAUGUCAUAACGAAGAACAUGCUUGUUGAUUCAGGUUUCAGUUUCCCUCUUCCUCAUUCUGUAAAGCCUGUAUAUUUGUCAGGUGUUAUUUCUUGUCUAAAGACAUGUUUAGAAUUUGUCCUACCAGAGAGCGAGAGAGAGGGUAAUACUCAAUACUUUUGUGCCAGUAACUCGUGUAAGAUGUUCUAAUCAUGUGGAGCAACAGUAUCUAUUUAACCUUCUUCUAAGAUCUUUGCAGAUGCAGUUCUGUGAGAUAAAAUACAUGAACAGCUCCUACUUGAUACUAA